AUGAUCCCCAGAAAUGCCAAUACAAAGUCUCGCAGGCCAGACUACAGGACGAGGCGUGAUAGGACACGGCGGCGCACCGAGGCAUUCGAUAGACAGAUGCCAGCCUUGACAAAGGCCUACCUCGAUUGGCAUCUCUCAAUUAGCAAUGCUGCCAGCGGCGACUGCGGGUUUUUUGCGCACCAUAAGAACACUUCUCAGGCCCGGGAGAACACAGCGGAGGGUUCCAUCCAGAUCAAGGUGGUGGAUGUAUUUUCUUACGUAAAGACAUUGUGUGACUUGCAAGGGGUUCAAUUUUACGCUUAUCUAUCUCGCCAAUUCUCGAUUGCGCUGGACGUUUACCUACAGAUUCUCACCAGUGUCAAUAUGCUAGUCGACGAGGCACUUCGCCGUGGAGACCCUCACUGGCGCUUAAAGCAUGCUUGUCCAGCAUGUACAUACAAACUGCAAGGUGAAGUCCCCAUGAAAUUCAGCUUACUCUAUGCAAUGGACGGCAAUGACUCACUUAAGCGAGUCUUGAAAAAGUCGACGCAGGAUGAUUUGGACUCUGACGACAAUUCUCCCUUGGCCCAACGCUCAUCAGAGUUACCCACCACGCAAGUUGUCGGUGGCGACCGUUAUUUGUUAAACGAGUACAUCGAACAGUUUGCAAGAGACUCGCCUGCCGAUAUGUUAUCCCUUGAUGACGACAAGGACAAUCCUUGCGCAGGACGCUGGAAAAAUAUGCGAGAUGAAAAGACGAAGAAGAUGUGGGGUGUUUUCGACGAGUCAGGUAUAUUUAUGUCUAUCUGCAGGCAUGGUUUCUCGCUCGUGAUAGCCGACAUGGUCCAAAGUGGAGAACAAGCAAAGUACCCUCUAGCCGUCGUCUCAAAACUUCUCGAUACAUUCGGCAGCAACCUUGGAGGAGGUUACGACAUCGGCUGUCGCUUUAAGACUACACUCAGCCGUAGUUCACUAGGUCAGCGCGCACGGGAACUCAAUCAUACCUCACUUGUUGGGGCAUUCCAUGGACACGCCCACCAACGUCUCUGUCAGCUUGACCAUCUCGCCACAUAUGUGGAUGGCCUUGGGCUGGAAGACCUCGAGGGCUGCGAACGGACAUUUUCGAAGUCGAAUGCACUUGCCUCCUCUGUGCGAUACGCGAGCGUGUUUCACCGGCGUCAAGCUAUCGCCCAUUACUUUGAACAUAACGAUGAUUAUGAGAUCUAUGCAAAUCUUAGUACAUUCUUAUAUAACAACUACAAGCAGGCGCUCCGCAUCAUCUCUGACGGCACCAACUCCCUGCCCAAGCUCAUGCAUGAGCUUGGCCUCGAGGACAAGAGUGUCUUUGACACCUGGUUGGCCGAGGAACGAGCCUAUCUCACAUCGUUGAGUCAUGAACCGAACCACGAGACCAUCCAGAUGGAAUACUGGCAAAAACUCUUGAAUCUAUCAGGUAGCAAGAAGGACCUCGAUGCUGCUACUGCAGCUUGGACCGUCACUACGCCAAGCACUGUAGAGUUCGGACCCCAUGAUAUCGCGUCAACGAACAGGAUCGAGACGACACGUAGGCAUGCCAUGGAAAACUACGAGAAGGACCUCAAGGCUGUCCAGGAACUUGAAACGAAGCUCGGCGUGACUCGUAGAUGGGAACAGGAAGACCAGGAGUGGAAAGAUGUGGGUCGUCUAGUGGCAAACCGAAAGUUUCAGCGUGCGCUGGACCAUCUGGAGGGUCUGGUUGUUGCUCGAAUUUUUGAACUUUCGAAGAUGAAUCAAGCGGGGACGGGCUACAAACUGCGCAAACACAUUGGCAAGGCGCUGCAAGUACGGUCAGCGGCCAUUCGGACGGCACUAGACAGGUACAACACUGCUGCUCGAGCACUACGCCCCCCGCGUGCCUCCCUUUCAUGGGAGGAAGUCGUUGAAUACGCCUUUCUUUCCGACUUCGAUCUCCUCCGUGAUGCACGUCAAGACAUAUCACAACGUCCUUGGGCAACACCCACCGGACGCCUGACCAUGGAUACAUAUUUCAAGACGCGCCGUGCCCGUGAGGAAAUACAGCGUCUCGACAUCGAAAUCAGACGUCUAGCCACUUACCUACACGACGAGAGCCGGUACCUGACAGAGUGCGAGAAGCAGCUGCAAACUUUGCACCCCGGGCUUGCUCAUCAAGUUUCCUUGCACCGCAAGAUUCGCGCGCGGUUCGCUGAACACCACUAUCAGCGCCUGCAUGAUAUCAGUAUGCUGGAGGGCUUUACAGGAUCCAUCACGCCGGUCUGUAUUCCUGCGCAGCUGGUUGCUGAUGGGCUUAGCAUGGUGCCUGAAGGCGAGGAUGAUGCACUGGAGGACCUUGAGGACGAUGAGAAUGCUGACGUGGAUGGUGAGGAGCAUGCUCGCAUUCUCGAGAGUAUUCUACAGGUGACCUUAGAUGUUUGA